AUGGAAUAUUAUCUUGUAAAAUGGAAAGGAUGGCCAGAAUCUACAAAUACUUGGGAGCCUUUGAAAAACCCUAAGUGGUGUCCAUUACUACUUCAGCAAUUCUCUAAUGCCAAGCAUAGCUACUUAUCUCAGGUAACCACGAGUGAAGAAGCUGAAAGGCAGGGGCAGUUGUAUGACCACAGAGGAAUCACACACCUCUUUGAUCUGGAUUGUGAAUCUCAUGAGUUCACAGUGGAUGCUGCUCGAUGCGGAAACAUGUCUCAUUUUGUGAAUCAUAGUUGUGACCCAAAUCUCCAAGUGUUUAAUGUUUUCAUCGAUAACCUCGAUACUUGCCUUCCCAGAAUAGCAUUAUUUUCCACAAGAACCAUAAAGGCUGGGGAAGAGCUGACUUUUGAUUAUCAAAUGGAAGGUUCUGGGGAGUUAUCUUCUGAUUCUGUUGACCCCUCCCCCCCACCCCUGCCAAAAAGAGGGUGA